UUUUCUGCAAAUACAAUUAUCAUAAAAAACAGGGGAAACGAAAGAUCUAAUCUUUAUGGAUAUCAGCAAUAAUCCACCACAUAUAGGAGACGAAAAUCACAACCAUAGGCACGAUCACGUCGAUCAGCGGUCGGUCGAAGUAUGGGAAAUCAACAUAGAGAGAUUAGAAUCGAUGCAGAAAAACAUCUCCACUACACCCAAUCUACUUACUAAUUGGUCAGGUAACAAUUCCUGCUCCAUAUUUCGUGUCCCACAUAGCUUUGUUCAAGUUAACGGCCACAGCUCUUAUCACCCACAUAUAGUCUCAAUCGGACCUUUCCACCACGGUCACCGCGACCUCCAAAUGAUCCAACAACACAAAUGGCGUUUCCUUGGCGAUCUAAUCAAUCGCACCAAUAUCACCCUCGAACAACUCUUGAGAUCAAUUCAUCCCCUCGAAACCAAAGCCAGAGACUCUUACUCCGAACUCAUUGAUCUCACUUCCGAUGAAUUCAUUGAAUUGCUUGUACUCGACGGCUGUUUCAUCAUCGAGUUUUUUCGAAAAAUUUGUAAAAUCAUCCCUGUUAAAACCGACGACCCAUUAAUCUCCAUGUCAUGGGUUAAUUCAUUCUUCCUUAGAGAUUUAAUCAGAAUCGAAAAUCAAAUCCCAUUCUUCGUCCUCCAAACCCUCUUCGAUCUAACGAAUACCCAUCAAUCUAAUAGGUCGCUUUCUUCCCUAGCGUUAGAAUUCUUCGAAAACUCAAUUCAACGACCGGAUGAGAUUUUAAAAAAAUACAGUGAUUUGAACGGGAAACAUCUCCUAGAUCUCCUACGUAAAACAUUCAUACCCACUGACCCAAAUCUUGAGGAACCGAAAAAUUCUAAUAAAAUACCAUCCCAUGUUAUCCAAUGCAUCUCGAAGCUACGAAAGGCUGGGAUCGCCAUCAAACCUGGUAAAGGUGAGAGCUUUUUACAAGUAAAGUUCAGAAAUGGAACACUAGAAAUGCCGACAAUAACCAUCGAUGCGUUUAUGAUCUGUUUCAUUGUAAAUUGUGUUGCGUUUGAACAAUGUCAGAGGACAUGUUCGAAACAGUUCACAACUUACACGGCUCUUCUUGACUAUUUGGUGAACACUUACAAGGAUGUGGAGUAUUUGUGUGAAGAGAAUGUAAUUGAGAAUUAUUUUGGUACAGAUGGGGAAGUGGCAAAAUUGAUUAAUAAUUUGGGUAAGGAGGUUUCGUUUGAUUUGAACAGAUGUUAUUUGUCGAAGUUGUUUAAGGAAGUUGAUGAUUAUUAUAAGAAUAAUUGGCAUGUUACAUGGGAAACUUUUAGGUAUAGUUAUUUUAGUAGUCCUUGGUCUGCAAUUUCUGCUUUUGCUGCAACUUUAUUGUUGAUACUUUCUUUACUUCAAACCAUUUAUGCAAUUCUUACAUUUUAUCAAUCUCCUGCCCCUGGUCCUAGGUUAUGAAAUCAUUUAGAGAUGAUAAGUUUUCAUUUAGAAAUAUGUAUGUUCUUAAUGAUUGUUUUUAAAAUAUGUAAUGUUAUAGAUUGAAUUAUGUUAUAAUCACAAGUCUUUUAUU